UGGGCUUAUGUCAUGUGAUCACCAGGGGGCGGGGCGCGGCUUGGGCGUCCUACCAGGUCUCUGUGUAGUCCAGGCUAGAACUUGCCAUGUUCUAACUCCUGAGUGCCCCGGAUUACAGACACUACCACGUGCAGUUGCUCAAAACCUUUGAAAUCUCCAUCCCCGAGACCAGCUCUUCGGGAAUAUCCUCCUGCUCUCCUAUUCUCCAACCUCUCCACUCCACCUGAAGACCCCCAAAUGGCCUCUCCAUGUUCUUUUCCCUCAAAACCUACAACCCCUCCAAGAACCCACACACCUCAAGCCCCUGUCAUUCCACCUCCUCUACCCCCAAAUCCUUUGGACUUGGCUUUGCCAUCCCCUCCCUGUAGCCUCCAGGCCCCUAUUCCCCCACCACCCCCACUGCCUCCUCAACCCUCUGCUGUGGAGGUUGCUCCCCCUCGUGUCUACGGCCUGGAGAAGAGCAGACUCCUGCAGGAGGCUUUGGAGAAAGCUGGCCCGGUCCCCAAGGGCAGAGAAGAUGUGAAAAGACUGCUGAAGCUUCACAAGGACCGGUUCCGCAGUGACUUGCAGUGGAUCCUCUUCUGUGCCGACCUUCCAUCACUCAUCCAAGAAGGCCCUCAGUGUGGGUUGGUGGCCUUGUGGAUGGCAGGCAGGCUCCUGUUGACAUCUGGCAGCAUCCCCCUGGAGAGACUGGUGCAGGUGGCCAUGGAGAGAGGCUACACCGCACAAGGAGAAAUGUUCUCCGCAGCUGACAUGGGCAGGCUGGCCCAGGAGACCUUGGGCUGCCAGACUGAACUUCUCGGUGGUGGCCUGGGUGGUCCCAACAGAGAUCGAGUCCUACAGCACCUCAUCACUGGAUACCCCCUGCUCAUCCCCUAUGAUGAGGACUUUAACCACGAGCCGUGUCAGAGGAAAGGCCACAAGGCGCACUGGGCAGUGAGUGCAGGGGUCCUGCUGGGUGUACAAAGUGUGCCAAGCCCUGGCUACGUUGAAGACACAGAAUUGCCAGGUCUGUUCCACCCAGUACCUGGCAUACCCCACCGACCACCAUCCUUCCCAGAGGAGAACUCCCCAGGUGCCACCUUCCUUCUGUCCAAGCAGGGUAAGAGUUGGCAUUACCAGCUGUGGGACUACAACCAAGUCCGGGAUAGCAACCUACAGCUGACAGACUUCUCACCUCUAAGGGCCACUGAUGGACGGGUGUAUGUGGUACCCACUGGAGGGGUACGGGCAGGCCUCUGUGGCCAGGCCCUGCUGCUCAGACCACAGGAGUAGAGCCACUAGCUGUGGCUAGGACACCUGCCUGGAUCUUGUUUCCAUCACCAUUAAAGUGCCUAGUGUCUCCCCUUGUGUGACGCUGUGGAGCUAGCCUGCAUCCUGAGGCUUCCAGCUCAGAAAUCCAUCACAGGUCACCCCACCUAUGGGGUCUCAAGCCUGGCCAUCACCCAAAGCCUAAGCUCAUUGCUUCCAGGAUUAAGCACUGACCAAUGCUUUAGUCAAGGGAGAUGCUUUAUAGCAAUUCAGACCCCAAGUCCCCUCUCUUGCACCUGAAUGUGACAUCUACUGACUUUUCUUUAGAGACAUCCUUUAACCACUUUCAGUUUGCUGGACAUCUGCAAGAGCCUCCUACCUGGACCCUCUUGCUCCCACCCACCCCCAACCCCCAUCACUCACCUUGUGCCUGACUGACCUUUGAAGACUGUAGCU